UAGACUCUCUCUUAUUGUUUAAUAACACAAACACAUAGAUUGAGUGCUAUUUAUUGGUUGACUGAAUGAAUGGUUCAGUGAAUGCCAACUAAUAUAUUGUAAAUGUUUUCACAUAUCAAAUGAAAUCACAAAUGAUUUGUUUGUUUUGAUUGAUUGACACAACAAUCACAACAUAAACACUCAAAAAUCGUGUCCAAAAUGGUCACCAAAACGGGUCAAUCGGUACGGUAGAGGCGGCAGCCGACCGACCGACCGAYAGGAUCACUGCCAUCAUUGUCGACACAACAGCAAUGAGUGGUCCAAUAGACUCAUCAAACGCUGAGACAAUUAUCUUGCAUUUGAUUGUCGUCGGCUUUCACCACAAAAAGGGAUGUCUGGUCGAGUAUUGUUAUCCGCCGUUAAGACAUGCCGGUGAUGGCCAACAUACGGGUACUAUCACCGSCGAUACGACAAYACCGACGACCGUMGYUACCGAUAGYGAGACAAUAGUGUUACCACAUCAAUGGAAAACGUUGCCAUCGCUGGCACUGCCCGACGGGUCACAYAAUCACGAGAGAGACGCCAUUUACUUUCAUUUGCCAGACUUUAUGGACCAAAAUCGUACCGUAUUUGGUGUUUCMUGUUAUCGACAGAUCAACGCUAAUAUACUGAAAAGCAAGUCAUCGGACAUAACUCGAGGCUCUGUCCAAAAAUCGGUAGUUAUUUUGUCACGACUACCKCUKUAUGGCCUGAUUGAGGCCAAACUCGAAAUGAUAACUCACGCCUACUUUCGUGAGCUGGACUUCAGUAAAAUMGGACUCCUGGAAGAAACAUACCAUAAUCUGAACGCACAGCUCGACACGGGUUUAAUGCAAUCACCAGAACUAUAUGUUGGACUCACUCCUCGACAACUGGUCAUUGAUUUUCAUCACAAAAUUGUUGUUUUAUUUAAACUGUUAUUAUUGGAGCGCAAAGUACUCUUUUAUAAGUCACCGGUCAAACCACUUUGUGUGGCCAUACUAUCCCUGUGUUCGCUAAUGCCCGGACUCAUAUCGAAAGGACUGACCAACUGUUCGGUGUCCGUACAGCCCAAACAAAACCGGCAGUCGUCAGCCGACGUAGAACUGGUUAACAAUACUAGUGAUGAAUUUUUGGAGUUAACUACUAAUUCUCCACUAAAACGAAACAUUAAUGUCAACAAUAUUGCCGGUGCGUCAACAGUAUCAGUAGUUGCCAGUAAUGAAUGUGAUAGUACUGUCAUUUCAGAACCAGUAGCUAAUGUAAUAGAAAAAUGCAGUGAUAUAAACAACUCUUAUGACAWMCUACAACAUCAACAACAAUCUAUGGUCACAGAUAUGGAUGAUUCGGACGACGAGUUACUCAAAGAGAUAGAUAAAGCACUGAGCGAUAAGUCGUCGUCAAACAAGUCGUCUCCAGCUAARGAUGAGCACAGGGAGGCAAACAAAUCACAGUCGAUAUUCUAUGAUCUAGAAGAGCCCAAACCGGAACGUGUGGACAAAAUUGACGAGUCGUCUAAAYCAAUAGAAAGAAUGGAAACGCCGCCAAUACUCAAGUUGUCUGACACUGAUUGUGGACUACCUCUUGAGAUAUUUAGUUGCGGCUCAUAUUUGCUGCCAUAUCUGUCUCUAACUUAUUUGGAUGUWUUGACUGACGUCCGUAUCCGUAGCUGUUUGAUUGGUGCCACAAAUUUUCUUUUCAAACAAAAGAGAGACAUUUUUGAUGUGAUUGUUGAAUUGGACGGCGCMAAAGUUGAGAUAUUGGACCCGGAUUUGCGCAAACAGUUGACUUURACCACCGAAGAUCUACGUUUUGCUGAUUUUCUGGUCAAAACGGUAUUAAAUGACUGCGACAAUAGGGAAAAUAGUGACAUCUUUAUCGAAGGCACCGGUUGGGAGGGUAGCGAUGAGUGGAUUAGAUACCAGUUUAAAAUUUAUUUACUUCAUUUGUUAAGGUCAUCGGAAAUGGACGAAAACUCUAAAGAUUACACCAGUUUUAACAGUAAUUUUUUAAGCGCCUGGCGUUCGACACACAACUACAAAAUCUGGAGUUCCGUUUCCCAUUCGGCUGUGUUUGAGGUGCCCUCCGGUCAUCCGUUUGGCGGACAACUGAGUGUUAACGAUAUGAAACUCAGACUAUCGCAGAUAUUUUAUUCAAAGACUGAACAAAACAAACGACUGAACCAAACAGUUCAGCGAACUUCCCGUGCGAUGGGCGGCGCCGUCACUUCAGCCAAGACUGCCAUCAGUUCUGCAGUGAACUCAUUUUGGAGCAAUUGGUCGCAGACUAAGACCAACAACACUGAUAGCGCUUCCGACAGUAUCGGUAACAGUGAUAGUGAUCAACAAAACAACUCCAAGAGGCCCGAAGCUGAGACACAACUUUAAUGAGCAAAUUGUUUGUUACAAAUUGAUUAAUUAAAAAAAAUUGUGUA